AUGAGCUUUUCACUCAACGAUCAACUCACUUGGCGAGUUACUGAAGAAUUUCCGGUCCGCAAGGUAGAUGGUAUGGACUGGGAACGUUGCGCUCCUUUGCAUAAUCUAAUCGUUGAACUUGGCUUGACAGGCAGCGGCAAAGUCCUUGCAGAUACUUUGGGAAAGACAUGGUGGGAUAGACAUAUCACCGAUAAGACUCUUGAAGAAGAGUGGACGAGACGUUUGACGCCUUCUCUGAAGCUAUUUCUUCAAUCAGCCUGCGACGAGACACAGCAUGAUAAUUUCUUCUAUUACGCUUCGGGGCUGACUUGGCCUAGCGAAUUCUUCAACGAAUCAUGGGACAAUGAUGAAUACGAUGUUGUGAGAUUAUAUCAAAUGACUAAUUUGAACAUUGAAAGUCAUCUAGAUGGUGUGAAGUAUAGAAAUUCUUUCCAGCUUCUCAUUCAUGGCUAAUAGAACUCGAGCUUCGAUCAAGGAGCCAAUGAUGCAAUCUUUUGUACCUAUAUACAUGAUCACUGUAUCGUCACUAAUGGUCGCAUUGUUUGGGAUCCUCUCGAAGUUAUCUUAACUGCUUGGCUAGGCAUGAUUGACACUGGAAAGGUUAUAGUUUCGCCUGAUGGUGCAAGCCAACCUUAGAGCCUCAUCUCAUACAGCGAAUAUGAUUUAGCCUUUGCUGUCAGCAAUUUCAAUCGACUAAGCACCAUAGUCGAAUGCUUGCUCGAAGAUCCGACCCUUUAA